GCUAUUCUACGUGUGAUUGAUGGGUCCCAGGUGACUUGUUCCAAAAAGUAACCGAUCCUUUGUCGUGCCUGACUAUAAAAGCAACAACGUACAGGGAAAGGCAGAGUGGAAGGAAGAAAAGAAAGUGGAUAAUUGGGGCAGCUAACAUCGAAUAAGAAGAGAGAGAGAGAGAUUGAAUAUUUACCUUGAAGUCUUUAUUGUUCAGACACUGCGAUAAAAUGGUGCCCACCAUUUUUCUGAGCGCCUUCUUGCUUCAUUUUACUGUUUCUGUGGCUUCAGAACCGCAAUAUAUCCUAUGGGUGUCCUCCGUGAUGCAGAGUCAUUCUACAGACAAGGCUUGUCUCCACCUUUCAAACCUUAACGAAUCUGUAUCCUUGAGUGUUGUCCUAGAAUAUGAUGGAUACAACACCACGAUUUUUGACCAGUCUGUGGACGACGAUAACUUCUACGCUUGUGCAGAUUUCAAGGUGUCUCAAAAGUCCUCUGAGCCGUUGGCCUUUGUGACAUUGCGGGCUAAGGGAGAGACUCUUAAAAUCUUCGAGAGGAGGUCCGUAGCACUCGCUUCAGAGGAGACCGUAACCUUUGUGCAGACAGAUAAGCCCAUCUAUAAACCUGGACAGAAGGUUCAAAUUCGCAUCGUGACGCUGGAUACCAAGUUCAGACCUGUUGAGGAAUUGUAUCCGUUGAUCACACUUCAGGAUCCUCAACACAAUAGGAUUUUUCAGUGGCAAAAUGUGACCUCCUUUCAAAACAUUACCCAACUCUCAUUCCAACUGAUUUCAGAACCAAUAUUUGGAGAUUACUCUAUUAUCGUGAAAGAAAAAUCAGGAAGGACAUUGACACACCAAUUUACUGUUGAUAGAUAUGUGUUGCCCAGGUUUGAAGUUAAGGUCAGUGCACCACAAACAGUAACUAUUUCGGAUGAUGAAUUCCAAGUGAAUGUAUGUGCUAAGUACACCUAUGGCCAGCCGGUGCAAGGAAAAGCUCAAAUCCGGGUGUGCAGAAAAUUCUUUUCCUCCGAGAACUGUGAGAACAACAACAAUGAAAUAUGUGAACAAUUUAUCGCGCAGUUGAGAAACGGUUGUGUGACUCAAAUUGUGAAUACGAAAGUCUUCCAACUCUACCGCUCAGGAUUUUUCAUGUCAUUUCAAACCGCUGUAACAGUUACGGAAUUUGGGACAGGUGUGCAGAUCAGUGAAAAGACUUCCAUUUUUCUCACUCAAUUGCUUGGGAGUGUGAGCUUUGAGAAUAUGGAUUCUUUCUACAGAAGAGGAAUUCCUUAUUUUGGAACUCUUAAAUUUUCUGGACCUAAUAAUGUACCGAUGGGGAACAAGCUAUUGCGAUUGGAGCUAAAUAACAGAUUUAUAGGAAACUACACCACAGACGACAAUGGGGAAGCUCUGUUUUCCAUCGACACUUCAGAUAUAUUCGAUUCAGAGUUCAACCUGAAAGCCACGUAUAUUCGACCUAAGAACUGCUAUCCUCCCAGCUGGUUAGCGCCUGAGUAUGUAGAUGCUCAUUUCUCAGCUUCACGCUUUUACUCCCGAACCAACAGCUUCCUGAAGAUUGUUCCUGAACCAAAACAGCUUAGAUGCAAUCAACAGAAAACUGUUACUGUGCAUUACACCCUAAACAAAGAAGCAUAUAGGGAUGAUUCCAGUAUCAACUUUUUUUAUUUGGUGAUGGUAAAAGGGGCUAUCUUCCUCAGCGGACAAAAGGAAAUCAGAAACAAAGCCUGGAAUGGAAACUUCUCGUUCCCGAUCAACAUCAGUGCCGAUCUUGCUCCUGUGGCUGUCAUGCUUGUCUACACCCUUCACCCCAGUGGGGAAAUUGUGGCUGACAGUGUCAGAUUCCAGGUUGACAAGUGCUUUAAAAACAAGGUUAGCAUGAAGUUCUCUAAGGAGCAGGGGCUACCUGGCUCCAACACGGAUCUCUACCUUCAAGCAGCCCCUGACUCAUUCUGCGCACUCCGGGCUGUGGAUAAAAGUGUUCUUCUGCUGAAAUCAGAACAACAGCUGUCAGCCGAAAGUGUGUAUGAUCUUCUUCCACAUGUAGAACUGUAUGGUUAUUUCUAUCAUGGCCUCAACCUUGAUGAUGGCAAGUUUGACUCUUGCAUUCCUCAGAAGGAUAUAUUCUACAAUGGUUUGUAUUAUAUACCUGUAAGCAACUAUGGGGAUGGAGACACCUAUGAUAUCCUCAGGGCUAUGGGUCUGAAAGUUUUUACCAACCUUCAUUACCGGAAACCGGAAGUAUGUUCAAUGGAGGGAAGGAUGCCAUUCCUCAGGCCGUUGCAUCUAGACGCAGAAGGAUAUGGGCCAAUAUACAGUGCCCCAUCUAGAAUUGCAUCUGGUGACAAAAUUCUCCUGAAGGAGAAUUUUGACUAUGUAGAACAGGCUAUAAUAGAAACGGUAAGAACAAACUUCCCAGAGACGUGGAUAUGGGACCUCGUCAGAGUCGAUUCCUCAGGUUCAGCAAACAUGUCCUUCCUCGUCCCUGAUACCAUAACCCAGUGGCAGGCAAAUGGCUUCUGUGUGAAUGGUGACGCUGGGUUUGGCAUUUCAUCAACAGUCACUCUGGAAAUCUCCCAGCCUUUUUUUGUUGAAAUGACUUUGCCCUUUUCAGUUGUUCGAAAUGAACAAUCCGACUUGGUUGUCAGUGUCUUCAGCUACCUGAGUACAUGUGUAGAGAUUUCAGUCCGGCUGGAAUCAUCUCAGUAUUUUGAAGCAAAUAUCAGCACCCCUAAAAACAAUGGCAGUGAGAUUAUCCAAGCUGGAGAGAAGAAAACGUAUGUCUGGACUCUUCUACCGAAGACAUUGGGUAAAGUGAAUAUCACGGUAGUUGCUGAGUCCAGACAAAGUAGUGCCUGCCCCAAAGAAGCAGCUGAUCAGCAGAAUCUAAACUGGAAAGAUACUGUGGUCAAAAGUCUAUUGGUGGAGCCUGAAGGUAUUGAAAAAGAAAUGACUCAAAGUUUCCUUAUCUGUACACAAGGGACCAAAGUCUCCAAUCAGGUCGUUUUGGACUUGCCAAGCAAUGUGGUAGAAGGAUCAUCCAGGGCCUUUUUCACUGUUGUCAGGGAUAUUCUAGGACUUGCGAUGCAGAAUCUGGAGAAUCUUCUCCAAAUGCCCUAUGGAUGUGGAGAGCAGAAUAUUGCCCUACUCGCAUCGGAUACCUAUGUCCUAGACUAUCUACAAUCUACUAAACAGUUGACCGAGGAAGUUAAAUCUAAGGCUUUCUUUUUCUUGUCUAACGGUUAUCAAAAGCAGUUGUCUUUCAAAAACUUUGAUGGUUCAUAUAGUGUGUUUUGGCAGAGUAACCGGAAAGGAAGCCUAUGGCUCAGUGCCCUUACUUUUAAGACAUUAGAGAAAAUGAAGGAAUAUGUUUACAUUGAUGAACAAGUUCAAAAACAGACCUUGCUCUGGCUUUCAAGCAAACAGCAAAUUGAUGGCUGCUUUAAAAGUGAUGGCAAGCUUUUCAACAAUGCCUGGGAGGGUGGAGAAGAAGAGGACGUUUUACUCACUGCCUAUAUUGUCGGAGCGUUCCUUGAAGCUGGACUCAAUUUCACCUUUCCUGCUCUACGAGACGGGCUCUUUUGCCUAGAGGAAGCACUUCAACACGGGGUCACUAAUGGCUAUAAUCAUGCAAUUCUAGCUUACGCUUUUGCAUUAGCUGAAAAAGAGGAGCAAAUGGAAUCCUUACUCCAGAUCCUGGAUCAAUCUGCUACCAAAACAAAUAAUGUCAUAUACUGGGAACGAGCAAAGAAACCCAAGACAGAAGCAUCCCUGUUCUUUAUUCCUCAUGCGCCUUCUGCUGAGACUGAGAAGACUUGUUAUGUGCUCUUGGCUGUUCUUUCCAAGAAAACUCCUGAUCUCACCUAUGCGAGUAAAAUUGUGCAGUGGCUUGCCCAGCAGAUGAAUUCCCAUGGGGGUUUCUCCUCCACUCAGGACACCGCAGUCUGUCUUCUUGCCAUGACCCGCUACAUGAAGUUAACCUUUUCUGAUGACCAAAACACCGUCACCUUUCGCAGUGAAGAAUCCAGUGAGAUUUUCCAGGUUAACAGUGACAAUCGCUUACUGGUCCAGCGUUCCGAACUAACAAAAGCACAUGGACAAUAUACAGUAGAUGUGGAAGGACAAGGUUGUACGUUUAUCCAGGCUACCCUGAGGUAUAACGUACUCCUACCUAAGAAGGCAUCUGGAUUUUCCCUUUCCUUGGAAAUGACAAAGAAAAACUCAUCAGAUACAUUCCAGAGCCAUUUUAACCUGACUGUAACCCUCAAAUAUACUGGAAUCCGCAAUAACUCCAAUAUGGUCCUUGUUGACGUCAAAAUGCUGUCAGGAUUUACUCCAGUCAUGGCAUCUAUUGAGGAGCUUGAAAAUAAUGGCCAAGUGAUGAAGGCUGAAGUCAAGAAUGAUCAUGUUCUUUUCUACUUGGAAAGUGUUUUUGGUACAGUGAACAGUUUUACUUUCUCUGUUGAGCAAAGCAACCUCGUGUCCAACAUACAGCCAGCCCCAGUUAUGGUCUAUGAUUAUUAUGAAAAAGAUGAAUAUGCCCUUGUUACUUACAACAUCAACAGCGUUUCAGAUUCCUCGUGAGAAAAAACAAAGCACCGGAAAAGAUGGAAAGCUAUUUACUUUGAAUAAACUCAUCUUUCUGUAUCAAACCUGGAAGAAAGCCAUGCAUCACCUCCCAUAUUGAAGAGACCACAGUCGGGGCGCCUGGGUGGCGCAGUCGGUUAAGCGUCCGACUUCAGCCAGGUCACGAUCUCGCAGUCCGUGAGUUCGAGCCCCGCGUCAGGCUCUGGGCUGAUGGCUCGGAGCCUGGAGCCUGUUUCCGAUUCUGUGUUCCCUCUCUCUCUGCCCCUCCCCCGUUCAUGCUCUGUCUCUCUCUGUCCCAAAAAUAAAUAAACGUUG